AUGUCGUCGCCAUACCCGACGCGUCUCCCGCCAUCCUCGGCCCCAGGCGGCACGCCCGCGGCAUCGUCCAUCCCCACGUCGCGGCCCGUCAUCGACCCGCUCGCGUUCGAGGACGUGCGCGGCCUCGGCGGAUCGCGCUUCGACGAUGAAGCGCGCACCGGCGAAGCCACCGACGAGAACGCGCCGCGUGCCCCCCGCCGUACUGUUCGCCCAGACACGGACAACAUCUCGCGCGUCACGGACAGUACGGGACAAAAGGUCAUGGAGAGCUUCCAGAUGUUCUUGGAGAACUUCACUGACAACAUCGACUUCCCCGAGACACCGCGCUCGCUCAGCGGUGCCGCCCCCGAAGAGUCCAAGACGUACAUCGACCAGAUCAGGGGCAUGAAGGACUAUGAGCUUACAACACUCUACAUCGACUUCACCCACCUCCUCGAGCGUGAGGAAAUUUUGGCCGAGGCCAUCAUGGAGCAGUACUACCGUUUCCUGCCCUACCUUCGCCGCGCGCUCCAGAACCUGGUCCGCAAGUACGAGCCGACGUACCUGUUCAUGUCGUCGACGUUCUCGGACCUAUCGGCUGCCGGCAGCACGUCGGCGUCUUGGCUCACGACGCGCGAGUUCUCAAUCGCCUUCUACAACCUCCCCCUCACCGCCGGCAUCCGCGAGCUCCGCAUGAACACGGUCGGCAAGCUCAUGAGCAUCUCGGGAACAGUGACGCGUACAUCCGAAGUCCGACCCGAGCUCAUCAGCGGCACGUUCCGCUGCGAGGAGUGCAACACGAUGAUCUACGAUGUUGAGCAGCAGUUCAAGUACACCGAGCCCAUCAAGUGCCGCAACCAGACCUGCAACAACCGCAACGCGUGGCAGCUCAACAUUGAGCAGUCCAAGUUUUCCGACUGGCAAAAGGUCCGCAUUCAGGAGAACGCCAACGAGAUUCCUACCGGCAGCAUGCCCAGGUCUCUCGAUGUCAUCCUCCGUGGCGAGGUCGUGGAGCGGGCAAAGGCCGGUGACAAGUGCAACUUCACCGGCACGUUCAUUGUCGUUCCCGAUGUGUCCCAGCUUGGUCUUCCUGGAGUGACGACUGAGAUGAUGCGCGAGAACCGCGGCCGUGGUGAGAGCGGAGUGGCAAGCCAGGGUGUCAGCGGUCUCAAGGCGCUUGGUGUCCGCGAUCUGCAGUACAAGACUGCCUUCCUUGCUUGCAUGGUGCGCAACGCCGACGCGCGUGCCGGUGCCACCGACGUUCGCGCGGACCGAGGAGACGGCGAGGAGUCGCAGGAGGACUACCUGAACAGCCUCACUCAGGCCGAGAUCGACGAGCUCAACGCCAUGGUGCACGACCCCGACAUCUUCAACCGCCUCGUGUCUAGUAUCGCUCCCACUGUGUACGGCCACGAGAUUGUCAAGAAGGGCAUCCUUCUCCAGCUCAUGGGCGGUGUGCACAAGCAGACGCAAGAGGGUAUCCACCUCCGUGGUGACAUCAACGUUUGUAUCGUGGGUGACCCUUCGACGUCCAAGUCGCAGUUCCUCAAGUACGUGUGUGGCUUCCUCCCUCGAGCCGUGUACACUUCGGGCAAGGCGUCUUCGGCCGCCGGUCUCACUGCCGCUGUCGUCAAGGACGAGGAGACUGGCGAGUUCACUAUCGAGGCGGGAGCUUUGAUGCUCGCCGACAACGGUAUCUGCGCCAUUGACGAGUUUGACAAGAUGGACGUUGCCGACCAGGUCGCCAUUCACGAAGCCAUGGAGCAGCAGACCAUCUCGAUCGCCAAGGCUGGUAUCCAGGCCACCCUCAACGCGCGCACUUCGAUUCUCGCUGCCGCCAACCCCGUCGGUGGUCGCUACAACCGCAAGCAGUCGCUUCGUGCCAACGUUGCCAUGUCGGCGCCUAUUAUGUCGCGUUUCGAUCUCUUCUUCGUCGUGCUCGACGAGUGCAACGAGGCCGUCGACAUCAACAUUGCUCGCCACAUUGUCAACGUGCACCGCUUCCGUGACGACGCUAUCGCACCGGACUUUAGCACCGAGUCUCUUCAGCGCUACAUUCGCUACGCGCGCACAUUCUCGCCCAAGCUCACGGCGGAGGCGUCGGCUGUGCUCGUCGACAAGUACCGUCAGCUCCGCCAGGACGAGGCCGGCCCAGGCAAGUCCAACUUCCGCAUCACGGUCCGUCAGCUCGAGAGCAUGAUCCGUCUGUCCGAGGCCAUUGCCCGCGCCACUUGCAAGGCCGAGAUCACCCAGAGUAUGGUACACCAGGCGUACAGCCUUCUCCGCAAGUCGAUUAUCCAGGUCGAGCAGGAUGACGUCAACCUAGACGACGAUGUUGCCCCUGAGGCCGCCGACGAGCCCAUGGAUGAGGAUGCCAUUGAUGCCGCCGACAUUGCUGCCCUCGAGGCAGCCGAGUCGAGCCACCAGGCGGCUGGCUCGUCGUCUAGCGCCGUCGCUGCCCCCGCCCCGCGCCGCAAGCUGCAGAUCUCCUACAACCGCUACUUGGAGAUCAUGAACCUCAUCAUCCUCCACCUCAACGACAUCGAGACGACAACAGACGAGGGCGGCGUCGAGCGCGAAGAGCUCAUCGAGUGGUACCUCGAGCAGAAGGAGCACGAGUUUGAGUCGGUCGACGACCUCGAGAAGGAGCGCGACCUCAUCGGCAAGGUCCUCAAACGACUCGUCAAGGACGAGUACCUGCUCGAGAUCCACGGCGAGCUCCUGGACGGCUUGGUACCCUCUGUGACCGAGGAGAGCGCCGAGUCUGGCUCGUCGGACAAGGUCCACUACGUUAUCCACCCCAAGGUCGAUCUGUCCGACCUGUCGUCAUCUGCGCCUGCUGCCACUGCCUGA